AUGAUGUCUUCCCGUCUUUUCUUACUUGUUACUCUUGGUAUAUUAGGUCAUUUUGUGUCAUGGAUCUAUGGUCAUGCUUACUUUUCUUAUCCAACGCCACGUAACGUUUAUUGCACUAAUGGUUCAUGCGCUGCUAAUGGUACGUUAGGAGCUCAAGGACCAGUUUGGAGUUUACCGGCCAAUAGUACAUUAAUUGCUGCAAGUCCAACAAGCCAAACAACAUGUAAUGGGUCUGUUUUGAUAACCAAUGCUCCAGUAGGUAACACUUACGAUCCAGGAUUUCAAGGUAAAACGGCUGCUUCAUGGCCUGCUGGUUCAUCGCAAACAUUUCAAAUAUUUGUUUCUCAAAUCCAUUCACCGGAAAACCAAACCAUUUAUCCCGCUGAUGGUUGGCAAAUUCGUUAUCGGGAUGGUACACAGCCUGGUUCAACAUUUUCUCCGAUUGCAUUUACUUAUUUAAAUACUUCAAUAUCAGGAUCUAUUGGUGUUGCUCCGGCCAUUGGAUUCCAGUUAGGUCAGAUAGUUUUGGCUACAAUUACUGUUCCCUUGAAUACGACUACAGAUGGUAUAUUUCAAUUCUUUUGGCGUAAUAAUGAAGUCGGUCCAGGUGUCAUGUGGUUAUCGUGUGUCGAUGUUACCAUUACAGCUCUCGGCACCAUUACAGCCCCGACAACAUACAUUAUUGUUCUUGCCACUUUUUUGACCACUGUUAGCGCAGCAUUAAAUCUAUAA